CCCGGAAAUUGUCCCUGGCACCCGGAAGACAUUGUCAAUGUCACUCGGAAGUGCUAGCUGCUAACAACGUGAAUCUACCGUCUUUUGAAAAAUGUUCCUGACAGCGGUCAACCUUGCCAGGGCCAAAUCCAAGAGGAUCCUGGUGGAAAUGGUGAGUGCUGCUGGGACAGGCUACACCUUCACCGCCAAGCGGAACCGCCUGAAGGAGAAGCUGGUGAUGCGCAAGCUGGACCCCCUGGUAAAGCAGCACGUGCUCUUCUUUGAGAAGCGGAAGAUCCGCACCCUUUAAAUGAAGACGGGACACCCCUCCGGUUGCGAGUGGCGUGGACGGCCCUGGGGGAAACUUCCAGAUGCUACUGUUGUAAAAACGUACCAUGGGCUUAUCAGGGAUGGACACGUCUGCACUUAUGGGACUGGUUUGUCCAACAAACUCUCAGCAGCCUGACAUCUCUGAGGAGACACGUCACACCCCCUGGGAAUAUUUGUCCCACGUCCCUCCCUGAUUCAUCGAAUCAUUUCCUGCACAAUGAACUGCAGCAGGAUGCAGAAAGCCCAGUUGGAAAAGGGGCUCCUGGAAUUUAUUCUGAAACUUCUCCCAACAGAAGAACCCAGCUGUUUAUGUUUGCGAAAAAUGUCUCAUUUCCGCCUCCGGGUUCCUCCCCAGUCAGAUCUUUUCCUUAUUCGGUCCCUAGCUGAGAAGUUGGUUUUGGAAUGUAAUAAUUUAAUGGGAAAUGCUUAACGCAAUAAAGCACUGAUACCUCUG